CUCGUCUGUGGGGUGAGUAUAUAAAGGCUGCCUCACACACCCAGACCCACUAGACCCAAUCUGGUGGAUAGCCAGUACAGUAGUACAUUUUGAAUUACUGUUGCUUCUUUGACUCAAAACAGAAUGGGAUCCUCUAAGCUGCCCCUGCUGCUGGUCUUGCUGUCCUGCGUCGAGCGCUGUCUGUCUGCCUCCUGCGUUGUUGACAGUUUCACAGUCAAAGAGGACUUUGACCCCAAGAGGUAUGCAGGAAAGUGGUACGCGCUGCAGAAGAAAGAUCCAGAGGGCCUGUUCCUGCAGGACAACAUCUCAGCUGAGUACACCAUUGACGAUGACGGCUCCAUGACCGCCUCCUCCAAAGGACGUGUCACUCUGUUUGGCUUCUGGGUUGUGUGUGCUGACAUGGCCGCCCAGUACUCCGUCCCUGACCCUAACACCCCCGGCAAGAUGUUCAUGAACUACCAGGGACUGGCCAGCUACCUGUCCAGUGGAGGUGACAACUACUGGGUGAUCGACACCGACUACGACAACUACGCCAUCACCUACGCCUGCCGCACCCUGAAGGAGGACGGCAGCUGCGAGGACGGCUACGCCAUCAUCUUCUCCAGGAACCCCCGCGGCCUGCCUCCCGCCAUCCAGCGCGUCGUGCGUCAGAAACAGGAAGACGUCUGCAUGGCCGGAGAGUUCCAGCCCGUCCUGCAGUCUGGAGCCUGCUAAAGAGAGAGAGAGAGAGAGAGAGAGAGAGAGAGAGCAGCCAGCUAGUUGCAGUCUAGGAGGCUUGAAAGCAAGAAGAGGGAGAAUGAAAGAGUGUAUAAACAGUCUGUAUGUGAGAGUGAUAAUGUGAAUGGACAGACGCGAAAAAUUAAAAAAGGAUGAGAGGAGGAAAAACAUUAGAAAAAAUUCAACGAAGACAAAGUAAUACCUGCAUAUGUCCAACCAGGAUUCCAAGAUUCACAUCUUUUGAUCCAUUUCCUCCUCUAUCACUCUGUGUUCAUCCAUUGUUUAUCCAAGGAAAAAUGUUACCGCUGCUUUGAAAGGUCAAAUAAAAGAUAUUUUUCUAAACAAUA